GAAGUGCAGCUCUCAGAAGAGCCUGAAUUUCACUUCACGACGCGCCGUGGGGCUCAGCUCACACACAAGCACUAAAACUAGAAAAUAGUCGUAUAUUCCCAUCUGGAUUAACCUCGAGAGGAACUCUUUCCCGGAGGGUCUGAGUGGAAUCGGACUGGAGUGUUUUAUGUGGACGAAUACUGUGGUUUUGUUGAGCGAUGUCGGAAGAGAUGAAGACUUGGAUCUGCGACCCAAACACGGAUGGAAAAGAAAAGAGUGGUUUCUUUCGGCAGUAACAUCAAAAAUUCAAAAUUAGAUCUCGUUUGGAGGAAAGUACAUUUAAAACCCCAGACCGAAGCGUAUUGGGAUUAAAAGUCACGUCGUGUUGUUGUUGUUGUUUUUCUGCGAAACUCGGUAGUUUCGUCCAUAUAAGCUUGAGUUUGAGACGCACAAGAUCUCGCGCAGAGAUUUCAGGGUGAGCUCUUUAUUUUGGAGUUUUUCUUUAUUCAUUUUCUUUAUAUAUCCCUGGCUUGCUGUUUCAUCGGACCACGUUUUGUGACACCAUCGCGAUUUUUUUUUAGUUUUUUUUUUUUUAGAAAAAGGAAACUCGGAUUGCUUUCGUUCACAUUUGCUUAUUUCCUUUUCUAGCGCCCCCUCUCAUCUGUAGGUUACAGAGUAGAGCAACAUCUCAGUCGUUCUUGCUCUCAAUUUAGAAAUAAAUGGACGAGUAAGCAAAUCCAGUUAAGGAGGAAAAACUGUCUGCAUUGAACCGCACAAGGCAAUGGACUUGCCACAUCAAAACACAACUAGUUUAAUUUUGUCUCUUUAAUUGGCUUGUGAGAUCAAGACAACCAACUUGGAUCAGCAAGAGAAGUGACAGACAGGCAGAUCUCGACCAUCGUACUACAAAAAUGGGGAUUUGUAUGUGAUAUUACCAGGAUAUUUACAUAUAUAUGCGUAUGCUGUUUAGAUCUUGAAUGCUUUUAGUCUCGCGUUUGUGGAUAUUCAGGAAACAAUCCAGCCCGUGUCGCACUGAAAGCCAUUAUUUACGUUUCUCUAACCAUUGGGCUUUCCACCAUCUUUACGCCUUUUAAGAAGAGGAGGAUACAUAUUAACCUUAUCAUAUGCGGUCCGUUUGUUUGCUGUCGUUAAAUGUGAUCAAACAGGGAAAUAUUGGCGUCCAUUUUCAUUCCUUAUUGUGUUUUGCAGCGAGCUGGCUUGCUUAUUUUAACACCCUAAUGAUAUCGUCUUGUCCGCUCGUUUACGACUUAUUUUCUAUAUCUUGUUGGUUUUAACCGGAUUGCAUUGUCGUUUUGAUUAGAGGAUCAUCUUGGGGAUUUAUUUCAUAAGACACUGACGGGCCAGCUUGUAUGUAUUUGUAGUUAACCCGCUACUGCCGUUAUUUCCAUCCAUCUGAAUGGACGGUUGCUCAAAUUAACUUGCAUGUCAUUUUUAACGGUCGUUAUACCGGCAGGUCGGUUGUUCGCGUUAAACUCCCCUAAAGGAUGAGUGCUGGAUGGGGGCAUCUGCAGGCUAAAAUCGCUAUUAUCGUUAUCACCAUCUAGAAUUAUUUCUGGAGAUGAUGACAUACACAUGUUUUCUUCAUCUUUGAAACAAGAAGCCAUUUCUGCAAUUCCACUGGACCUGAGGGUGACGUUGCUUCAUAGAUAAGCACCCUAUAGAAUUUCCACUCCGAGUGGAUUUUUUUCCCCCCGUGUAUUUUCAGCCACGAUGGUUUAUUUCUGAGAGCAUUUUUUGUGCUUUGGAAACACGAUAAUUAAGCAACUGGGGCUGGAAUAGAUGUUCGCGCCUCUCUCGCGCACCAUCAUCCUCAUCAUCACCACCACAGCUCCCGCGCUCGUCUCGUGCUGUUGAUUCCGCCCGCGCGCGAGCGCGCAACAUCAUCGUUCCCUCACGUUCUCCCUCACUGCUGGUUCUGGUACCGUUAGCGAGUCGGUUCGACCCAGAGGGCUCGAAGAUGGCGGACCUCGAAGCGGUUCUCGCCGAUGUCAGUUACCUGAUGGCGAUGGAGAAGAGCAAAUCUACUCCAGCGGCCCGGGCGAGCAAGAAAAUCAUCCUUCCCGAACCCAGUAUUCGAAGUGUCAUGCAGAAGUACCUGGAGGAAAGGGAUGAACUGACUUUUGACAAAAUCUUCAACCAGAAGAUUGGUUUCCUCUUGUUCAAGGAUUUCUGCAUGAACGAGAUCGACGAGGCCGUUCCACAGCUGAAGUUUUAUGAGGAGAUUAAAGAGUACGAGAAGUUGGAUUCAGAAGAGGAGAGGCUAACGAGCAGUCGGCAGAUUUAUGACGUCUACAUAAUGAAGGAGCUUCUGUCGUGUUCACAUCCCUUCUCUAAGAAGGCAGUAGACCAUGUCCAGACUCACCUAGCAAAGAAACAAGUUCCUCCAAAUCUCUUUCAGCCAUACAUAGUUGAAAUCUGUGACAGUCUUCGAGGAAAGAUCUUUCAGAAGUUCAUUGAAAGCGACAAGUUCACGCGUUUCUGCCAGUGGAAGAAUGUAGAGCUCAACAUCCAUUUGACCAUGAAUGACUUCAGCGUGCAUCGGAUCAUCGGUAGAGGGGGUUUUGGAGAGGUGUAUGGAUGCAGAAAGGCGGAUACAGGGAAAAUGUAUGCCAUGAAGUGUUUGGAUAAAAAGCGGAUCAAAAUGAAGCAGGGAGAAACGCUGGCGCUCAAUGAGAGAAUCAUGCUGUCGUUGGUCAGCACUGGGGAUUGCCCUUUCAUAGUGUGUAUGACAUAUGCCUUCCACACCCCUGAUAAACUGUGUUUCAUCCUGGACUUGAUGAAUGGCGGAGACCUUCACUAUCACCUAUCUCAGCACGGGGUCUUCAGCGAGAAGGAUAUGCGUUUUUAUGCAGCUGAGAUCAUACUGGGCCUCGAACACAUGCACAAUCGUUUCGUCGUCUACAGAGACCUCAAACCUGCGAAUAUCCUCUUAGAUGAACAUGGACACGUUCGCAUCUCUGACCUGGGCCUUGCCUGCGAUUUCUCCAAGAAGAAACCACACGCCAGCGUAGGUACCCAUGGCUACAUGGCACCUGAGGUUCUGCAGAAAGGAACAGCGUACGACAGCAGCGCCGACUGGUUCUCUCUGGGCUGCAUGCUGUUCAAACUCUUGCGAGGGCACAGUCCAUUCAGGCAGCACAAGACCAAAGACAAACAUGAAAUUGACCGCAUGACCCUUACCAUGAAUGUGGAGUUGCCUGACUCCUUCUCACCUGAGCUCAAGUCCCUCUUGGAAGGACUCUUACAGCGAGAUGUUGCCAAAAGAUUGGGGUGUCUGGGGCGGGGGGCGUCAGAGGUAAAGGAGCAUGUGUUCUUCAAGGGAAUCGAUUGGCAGCAGGUCUAUCUCCAGAAGUACCCCCCACCCCUCAUUCCCCCCAGAGGCGAGGUCAAUGCUGCAGACGCCUUUGACAUCGGCUCCUUCGACGAGGAGGACACCAAGGGAAUUAAGCUGCUUGACAGUGAUCAGGAGCUCUAUAAGAACUUUCCUCUGGUGAUCUCCGAGCGCUGGCAGCAGGAGGUGGCCGAGACUGUGUAUGACGCUGUCAACAGCGACACAGAUAAGAACGAGGCGCGCAAGCGGGCCAAAAACAAGCAGCAGGGCCAUGAAGAAGACUACGCGCUGGGGAAGGACUGUAUUAUGCACGGCUACAUGCUGAAGCUAGGAAACCCCUUCCUGACACAGUGGCAGCGGCGGUAUUUCUACCUAUUUCCCAACCGCGUUGAGUGGAGAGGCGAAGGAGAGUCUCGGCAAAACCUGCUGACCAUGGAGCAGAUCGUGAUUGUGGAGGAGACGCAGAUCAAGGACAAAAAGUGCAUCCUGCUGAGGAUCAAAGGAGGGAAACAGUUUGUCCUGCAGUGCGAGAGUGACCCAGAGUUCGUACAGUGGAAGAAAGAACUCAACGAAGCAUUCACAGAGGCCCAGAAGCUGCUGCGUCGUGCCCCCAAAGUCAUCGGCAAGGGCCGAACUAACGUGGUGGAACUGUCCAAACCUCCGCUCACUCACCGCAACAGCAACGGCCUGUGAGCCACCCACCCCCCGCCACCCUUGUCCACUGCUCCUCUCCAUCCUUUUCAUCAACACACACAUGCACACGCUCUCACACCCUCUCCCAGCAAAACGCUCGUCCAUCAGGCUUCCCAACCGGCACAGUGAGCCGCCACAUGGUCCAUCUUGAAAGGUUUUGCUGGACUGCUGUUCCACAACUGUCCGUCAAUCAAAUCCACACACACAGUUCACUCCAGGAUAAUGCUCAAGAACAAUCAGUGAUGUCAAUGCUGCAUCUGGGACCUUGUUUUGACCAGUGGUGCAGGCUGAGAUACUCUGAGACACUCUCGUUUCUUCUGUGAACCCCACAUCCUUCAUGCACACGCUGGCAUGCUCGUAUACAGGCAAAGAUUAAGGCCUCUGCUGUAAGUGUCCCAAAAACCCAACCAAUGUUCACUUGGAGCUUCUUUCCCAAGUGGCAGUGUGCUGGAGCUCUGGGAAGCUGGUGGAUCGUUUUCGCCAAGGGAAACUAGAGCCAUUCAGUCUGAGAGAGCCAAUCAGAUGUAAACAAUCUCAAUAUACGAUGGCUUGAACAAUAUUACUCCCAUUGUCUUUUCAUGUCCUUUGUGGGAAGGCCAAGGUCACCUCACUGACUGCGCAGUUCUUGAAGCGUAUGCUUUGCACCGCGUUCUGUCAACAUUGUGGGUGCGUGGCAUGCAUGCAGUUUCACACUUAAUGGACUCUGAUUUGUGGACUGUUGUGGCACCCGACCCCUAUCCUGUACUUGUAAAGUACAAAAGUCUUCUACACUUCCGUAGUACUCUCUGUCGGAUUGAACAAGUGUAACAGCAUGGGUUGCGAGUGUUGUGCACAUCCAAGUUGUGCUCUUAGAGGGCAACGUACAGUGUAAAAAUUAGGGAGCUUCUUUUCUUCUUUUUUUUUUUUUUUGGUGCUCAGCCCUUGUAAACACCAAAUUCAGUUGGGUUGCUGCGUGCCCGUUCACGUGCAUUAAAUGCGUGUACUUGUGUGUGUACACGAUGCAAAAUGUAGGUGUUGUUGCUUUAAAGGAUAUGCCCAUGUUGUCACCUGGAAGAAUUGUUUUCUUUCACCUUGAAUGUAUUUUUUGUUUCUCUUCGUCUUUUUUUGUUUUUUAGUGAUUUACGCUGCUUGACACAAUGGGAAGGAAUGUGGUGGGAUGUUUACGAGGACACGCCCCCUUCUUGAACCCAACCCCUCCCCCUUGAACUCGCAGAAGUGCAAAAAGUGCCAAUGAAAUAAACGUUGACGAGACACCUGAGAAUUCCUCGAGUCCAGGCGGCGUCACAUCGAUCUCCCUGUGAGCGGCUCUGAGAACAGUGUUGGAUCGCACAGGAAUAAACUGAACUCGCUUGAACAGCUUCGCCGUACGUGUGGACGGUGGACGAUGCAUGAUGUCGCGGUUAGAGGGACCACUUAGGAAGAGAACAGCAGCAGCAGCAGCAGCAUCCCUGGAGUCUUUUAUCUGACUGUAUAUACGAAUCCUUUCUCUGUGCAUCUACAGUAUAAUCUUCUUGACAAUGUUUGCAUAUAUGGCGAAUCUCUGUCUCUGCCUGUCUGUGUUUGUCCCUAUGUCUCAGCUUGGGGGUGGGCGGGUUGUUCACAUCUGUCAAUCUGCGACACGCGCAAACCUGAGGCUGAGAGAACUGCGUUCGCGGAGAGUUGGAUGACUUAUCUCAUAAUGAGGUGCGGAGAGGUCUUCUGUCUGUCUUUGUGUUUAGUUAUGCCGGCGCCUCUGUGGGUGAGACGCGCGAAGCGGCAUCACCAUUAUCCAUUUACGGGCAGACACACUGUUAUUCUGAACGAAGGUAGUACGCUCGCACUCACAGGUGUUCGGGAAGGUGGGCUGCUUGGAUCGUGGAAGGAGAGAUGACUUAAAAGCGUUUGUUGUGAGGCUUGUUUUGAAUAUAGUUUCGAUUUUUAUAUUGUUUUGAAUGUGACGCAAAUGCAGAUUUCUAUAGAUGAGAUAUUUUUUUGAGCAUGUUAUGUGCAUUUAUUUUUCUUUUUGGUUUGAAUGGAAAAACAAGCACAGCUUAACAGGCAUGAGAUGAUUUUAAAGAAGUGUUUUCUUCGUGUAUAUUCAGGUUCUUUUUUUUUUUUUUUCCAUGCAGUAAUUUUCUUUUCCUCUGACUCCUGUCUGUGCAUUUCGAGUGAUUUGCAUGUGACGCUCUGCAAAAAUUGCAGGGUUUUUGGGGGAGUCGACCAGUUUUUGUAGCCUUUAAGUGUCUGGGAGGUGCCAUCCUGAGGAUGUUUUAGUGCCCUUCAAGGGUUAUAUUUUCAAACCAAAAUGGCUUGUUUUGAAAUAUUAUCUCUGCACUUUUCCAUCACGCUUCACGAGCUGAUGAAAAAAUAAAUGUGCCAAACGACUGUAGGAGAAUGUCCUUGAACCAAUGAAAAGCUCAUGCGACGCUCGCUGUUUAUUUCCGAAACUAAAAUUGGUACGUUUUAACAGGCGACGAGUGUCGACGAGUUUGAGAAAGGGUACAAAAAUGUGACCAAAUUCAGGUGACGUGGAACAAGUGUGUGCUGCGGGGCGAACGACGAUCCUACGUCAUUGACGACACGCCUCGAAGCUACUGACCGGCGGCGGCCGCCGGUACCGUGUUUUGAAACUGCUAGCCCGUUUCUCAAGAAGGGUGGCACCUCCGCCAGUCCUAAAUAUCCAUGUUUUAUUCAGGGGUUUUAUAUUUUAUUUUAACGGUAGCUUUUCAUUCACUUCGUCAGUGUUUUUUGCUUCAUUCAAAUGCUUGUGUGUCUGUUCCGUAGCGGUGAAUUUGUCUGUGGGCGAACGCAGGUUUUGAAAUGGAAGAGGGCGAUAAAUAGGAAUAAAAAAAAGAAAAACAAACUAACAAAAAUCGAAGUAUAUAUGUGUAUAUGAAAUUAAAACAAAUGAGCUUAGGUUUAUUUAAAAGAUUUUACGACGUAGACUCAAAAAUUGACUCGGGAAGGGAUCGGGUUUGAUGUGAGUUCAACUAUUUGUGGUGAAGAAUCAGCUCAGAUCUUGCACAUAAAAGUUUAGAUAUUGUACCUACAAGUUACAGAUUAUUAUUUUUGUUUGUUUAAUACGGGACUCUCUUGCUCUCUUUCAUAUUUAUUGUCUGGUCGGGGAGCUAGUCCCUCUGUGCGUGGGUUUACCUAGGGCACGGAGCUGUCGAGUAUCCGGGUUUACAGUCAACCGAAACUCUUUUUCAUGUGCCACAAACUAACGCAAAUACUACUGUCUGGGGUUAUUACCAUUUAAGGUUAUGAUGAUAAUGAUGAUGAUGAUGAUUAUAAUAAUUAUUGAUAAUAUUAUUCAAUGAAUGAUAAUUGUUAUUAAAAAAGAUUCUUUUGUUUUUUGGUUGUUUUUUUUUUGUUUGUUUUUUUCAGAACAGCUAGGAACAUGUGUGUUGGACUGCUUAUAAAAACAGUUCAGAAAUAAAAGCCCCUUUUUCGUGUU